UCAUUUAGACUUUCCUAUCAAAGUUCCGUAAAAAGAAAAUUUCCGAAAAGAUAGCGACGGAAUUUGUUUAUGAAGAAUGUUGCAGUAUCAUCAACAUUAUUAAGACAGCUUUCGACUUAUCAAAAUUGGUAAUGGAGGCACCUAUAGAAACAUUCAUCAAAGAUUUUGUGUGGGCUAGGACAGGUGAAACUGUGUAUACAGAUUUGUCAACACCAUCUGUAGUGUUACUUAGAGAUGUUAAAACUAGUGGAUCAACAGCUUUGGCGGCUUUGUGGCUUAACAUCCUGCAACAUCCCAACAACUACCCUGUACAGCGAUAUCCCUACAGGAAACUUUACCAGGCAAAUGGAACUUAUAAAGUUGUACUAACAGUGGAUGAUGUGACGCUGACUGUUUCAAUGUCCUUAGGGUCUCUAAAAAUGAAAGGAGAAUUCAUACUGGAUUGGUUUCAAAGUCAUUUCUUGAAAGUUUUGGACGCAUAUGGAAGACCAUGGGCACAUCCUCAACCAUUAGAUGACAAAUAUUCCAAGUUGAGAAAAACUUGGGAGAAUUUACCUUCAGUGAAACACUCUGCUGUAAUUGUAAUUGAAAAUAAAACAGAAGUGAGUGAUGGCAAAGAAGAAGCUGUCCCUGAAAACAAGGAAGAAACUAAUUCAGAAAACAAAGAAGCAGAUACAACAGAGGAGAAAGUAGUAGAGAGACCACCAGAGGAAAAUGAUGAUCUGAUGGAUUUGAAAGAGGCUUUGCAGAAUGUUAAUAAAGAAAGGGGUUCAGAUGAAGACAUAAUGGAACAGAUAGCAAGUUUGUCUGCUGGCUGUGUUCAGCAUGGUCCAGAAUAUAUUUACAUCUUGUGGAAAUGUCUGUUAGAACAGUGGUUCAAAGAUGCUGACAAUAGGGUGUAUAUUGUUACUCCUCAACUAGAUGUAGAUCGUUUGAAGGAUGUAGUCCAGCUCGUCCUGGAUCAAAGAUUAACAGCCAAUUUAGAAGCUUUAUAUGUUCACCAUAAAUGUGAUCUCAUUCAGAACAUUGGAGAUGUUAAAGCCACUGUCCAGAAACAAUAUCCCAGCAAAGACCAAGUUUUUAUUGAGUACAAAAUCUACAGCAACAUCAUUUAUCCAUUAGCAGAAUUUCAGUGUAAAUUCAUAGCAUGUAUCAAAAAGGGUAAAGUCACUGUAUUACAAACCAGUGCUAACUUCCAUGCAGAUCAUUUUGUCAAGGAGAGUGUCGAUACAGUCAGUUUUCAUAGCAUGUCAAAAGAUGAAUUUCAUCAGAGAUUCCUCAAACCUAUUUUAGCUUCACAAUUUUUGCAAGUCAGUGAAAAAUAGUCUGCUUCUUUGUUUUUGACAUUGUGUACUGUGGAUUCGUUAUUAUUCGUUUGAUACCAAUUUUCGUGGGUUUCGUGGGUACAGGUGAACCACGAAUUCAUAUGUUCAACGAAUUACAAAUUUUCCAUAGGCUUUGUACAUAGAAAUCAGAAAACCACGAAUUUAGGUAUCCACGAAAAUGUAAAUUUUCUUCAAUCCAGGAAAAUUGAUAUCCACGAAAAUAAAUGAAUCCACAGUAUUAGCUUUUGCUUUUAGGACUCUCAUAUAAAUAAUAAGAUCACAGAAUAUUUAAAUAAUAAUUGUAUUAAAAGUAUAAAAUAAGGAACUUCACCCAAAGGAGUAUAACAAUAUCUUAUGCAUUUACUUUUUCUACAUUUGUAUUUAUUUUGUAUGAUUACUAAAUGGUGGUAACAAUGUUUCUGGCAGGUAUGGUACAGAUUUAUACACACCUCCCCUCAAAAACAAAACAACGAAAACAAACUAUAACUAUCUACACAGAUCAAAGGGAAAAGGUAUGAGAUGUAAAAUUUCUCUUAUAUUUUUAAAAAAGUAUUAAAAACAAAAGCUUCACUCAUUUUUGCAAAGUGUUGUAUGUGAAAGUCUUAUGAUGAAAAUAAAAGAAACAGCAGGAAACCUUCUUUUGUUGGACAGAGAAAUACUUUUGCCCACUAUUGAUAUUGAAAAUGACAAAAUUCACCAAAGCUCAGAGCUGUAUAUUAAAUGCAACUCAGCUCAUUAAAGGUUGCAACCAUAUGGUUGAUAUGAGAUUGAGAUAUCAGCUUUUUUUUUGUAGAAAUAGUUUUUGUUGUUAGAAUUGAAUUUUUUAUAUUCCCUGCCUAUGAUAGAUGGCAGCACAUCAUGUUUUUUUCUCUAUUGUUUGUCCAUAAGUCCGUCCAUCCAGUAUAAGGUUUAAAGUUUUGCUUCAAGUUUUAUACCAUGAAAUUGUGGUGACAUUUGACUCAGUUUUCUGGUUCACUAAAGAUGGAAAUAUGGUUGAGUUUUGGAAUGGUAUGGUAGUAUACCAUGAACUUGCGUUCACAUCAGCUUGACACAUUUUCUUUAUGAUUUGAAUUUAAAAAAAUGAUUUAGAGCUUACAGUAUAUCCUGAUUUUUAUGGUGAUUCUGUUGAAGUUUGCUUAAUAAAGUUUUAAUAUCAUUAACUAUUAAAGUUGUGGUCACAACUUGAAAAUUAGCAUAGAUUUUUUUAUUUUAAUGUGAACUUUUUUAAAAGAUACCUAUUAGAACCAGAUUUCAUGGUUCAUAGACUAUUGAAACGUUAUAGUAUGAAAGGGUCAUUAUUGCCUAUUCACACAUAUUUUUGUUUUUUAUUUGAUUUUGUCUUUAACUUUUAUAUAUUUGUUAUUUUGAAUGAUUUCAUUAUGUAUGUUAUUUUCAUAGUUUAUUUUACAUCAUUUUCUAUGAUGGAAGAUAUUUUGGGGUUUUUGGCACAUGUCUUUGGUUUCUGAAGAACCACUGAUAAAUUUUAAAUUUCAAACUGUUUGUACGUUGCACACUUUUAAGCUUAAAUGAGUUUAAUGUAUAUUGUAAUUUUGUAUUUUGCCAAAGAUUUAUCCCAAAGAGAUAUAAUCAAAAAUUGAUUUAUUAAAAAAGAAAUCAACUAAAAUCGAAACUGAUCAAUAAAAUUGUUAACCAGCUGAAUAUGUUAAAAUUCCUUUUCUGGGGUUUUUACUGUAGAAAUUUAGAUUUCAUUCAACAGCUGUCAAUUAAAAAGUUACAGAAUUUAUCCAAAUUUUAAAUGAUAUUACUUAUAAUUUUUGCUAGUAUCUGUGAUAUACAUUGUGAUCUUUGCCAUUUUCUUGCCACAAAAUGUUCAAUCAAUGUAUUUUUUAGGAUAUGGUCAAUCGGAUACUAUUUGGACUGAAUUUUUAAAAAAAAGUGCUGGUAUUUAGGUCACAGUGAUUUAUGUAUAUUAUCUAGUAAUUAUGUUCUCCAAAUUUGUUUGGUUUGAUAAUGCAUUAGUAUGCAUUUGGGACACAGUUUUAUCAAAUGGAAGUACAGUAUAAGUUGAAUUGUUGAUUUCAGUCUCCACCACUUUAAUAUUUGGAGGGGUAGAUAUAUAGUGCUAUCUUUGUUUGUCAUUUGUAUUUUCAUAUCCAAAUGUUGAUUAAGAAGACUUUUGAUUUAUUCAUAUACUUGUAUGUAGUAUAAAUCUGAAUUUAGAGAUUGAGUUCACAUUUUGUUUUGGACUGCCUUUUUUUCAUUGUGUUUUGGAAUUUGGCCACAAGCAGGGCCUACAAAUGGGUUGGUCUAGUUUUUGGUUUGUUUAUUUAAUUUUGAAACAGCGUAUUAAUAUAUAUUACAUAGUUCAUUUGAAAUCAUAAGAUGAAGAGUAAAAAAUAAGUGUUUAUUUAGUGUUUUCAUUUUUGGUAAAGUUAUAUACAUGUAUUCAGAUUUAUGGAAGAAUUUAUUCAGAAUUAGCCUUUUUUGACAGAAGUAGAAUCUUUGUUUUCAAAAUUCCAAAAGGGAACAAGUAGAAUCCUUUUUGAGUUAAAAUGUAGAUGCCUGAAAAGCUGGUGAAAAAUCAUUUUAAAGGCAUAUUGUACAAUAUAUAGUCAACCAGGUUGCUAGAAAGACCUAGAUGUAGUAGAAACAGUUGAUAUUCCUGGGCAAGUUUAGAAACUUUAUUUACUUUGUGUAUUUUGAUGUGCAUCCAAUUUCUCAUAUUUGAUUGAUGUCUAACUUUCUUCUUAUUUUCUGAUUUCCAUAAUUUUCAAUUUAUACCAAAGAUAGCUUAUUUCUAAGGAGAAGAACAAGACUUGAUACUAUUGGUGUUAUCAUGAUUAUUUGGACUCCAAAGUAAUGAAACUUGUUCAUGUUUGUACUGUUGAAAGCCAAAGACAGAGAGUUUUUACUGUUAUACCCGAUUUAAACACAUGUUAGCAUAAAUGAGAAAAAAUACACCAUACACUAUUUGUGCAUGAAAGCAUCAAUUAGUAAUUCCACGUUAUGUCAUGACAUUUUUAUGCCCCACCUUCGAUAGUAGAGGGGCAUUAUGUUUUCUGGUCUGUGCCUCCGUUCGUCCGUCCGUGCAUCUAAUCGUCCUGCUUCAGGUUAAAGUUUUUGAUCAAGGUAGUUUUUGAUGAAGCUGAAGUUUAAUCAACUUGAAACUUAGUACACUUGUUGCUUAUGAUAUGAUCUUUCUAAUUUUAAAGCCAAAUUAGACUUUUGACCCCAAUUUCACGGUCCACUAAACAUAGAAAAUGAAAGUGGGAGUUACAGGUUAAGUUUUUGGUCAAGGUAGUUUUUGAUGAAAUUUAAGUCCAAUCAACUUGAAACUUAGUACACAUGUUCCCUAUAGUAUAAUCUUUCUAAUUUUAAUGCCGAAUUAGAUUUUUAUCCAAUUUUACGGACCAUGGAACAUGGCAAAUGAUAGUGUGAGUGGGGCAUCCGUGUACUUUGGACACAUUCUUGUUGAAUGUACUUCUGUGAUAUUUAUAUUUUUAUAAAUGUAUACACACAUACUUAUUUUAAUCACUUACAGUCAAAUUACUUAAUUUAUUACACAUGCAAAUGCCAUAUUUAGAAUUCAGUAUUAGAAUGUUUUAGAUGAUCUUAUUGUUAUUGUAUAUUUUACAUUAAAUUUUUUAUUUACAUGUAUUUUCACAAUGUUUAUAAAUAAAUUAUACACAUUUUC